AUGGUAUCGAAUAAGCGCAGCUUUAGAGAUUUAGAAGGUGUACAUCACUCUGAGAGCCCUUCGAAGCGCAACAACUCAGAAGAGCGCGAAGGUGAAAUCGCUGACGACGCUCAAAUUGAAAUUGAGCAGCCAACAACUCCUUCAAUCCAAGACAACGUUCAGGAUCUCUCUAUUUCUCAAGAUUUAUCUCAAAUUUGGAAUCUCAUUUACACUGCUUUGUCCUAUCCUCUAGAGCAAGGUGACAUUUGGUAUGUUAUCCCUAAAAAUUGGCUCGAUCUAUUAGAAAAACGCGUAAAAGGCGAGAUAUCUGAUGAAAUUGGUCCAAUUCCAACUGAAAUUAUUACCGAUGAUUGCUAUUUAUUACCAAAUCUACAACUCGGUGAGCAUAUUGAAAUGGUUCCGGAACACGUUAACAAGAAGUUGGACGAAUGCUUUGGCUACAAUGGUCCUCUCAUCCAGCGUGUAGUCGUUAAGACAUCGGAAAUGGCAAAUUCAGAGAGAGUUGAACUUUACCCGCCUACAUUCAGAAUUAUAGCUAUUGAAUCACAAUCGCAAUCGUCAUCUACGUUGGUUGUAUCCGAGCAGGAGAUAAAGUUUAACCUUUCAAUCGAAUCACCACUGUCAACGCUACUCAACAUGUCAAUCGCAACGCUCUAUCCUGACAUGGUCAACGACUCAUCAGAUAUCUCCUAUAGAGCACGUCUUUGGCGCGUACCGUACAACAUCUCAUCGCCAAUCAAGAUUGAUACAUUAUACUACCUCCCCAACUCGGAAAGAGAGGCCAUUGAAACGUCAAACGGUAACAUGAAAAUAAAUGAAGCAAUGCUCGAAGAUGGUGGGACAUUCUGUUUAGAAGUCUGUGAUAAACUAGGCAAUUGGGUUUACGACGACUACGAACAAAAGAUGCUGAGUCAACCAUUCGGAAAACCUGGCCUCAUUGAUAGACUUGAAUCGCAGCAACAACAGCAGUAUCCUUCUCAAGACUCUAAAGUGAUGACACGUUCACAAACAUCUCAACAAAAGGUCAAAACCAAAGGUUUGGUAGGAUUGCAGAAUUUGGGCAACACUUGCUUUAUGAACUCAGCCUUACAAUGCUUGAGUAACACGUCAGAGCUGAGUAUUUACUUCUUGAGUGGACUUUUCGAGAAAGAGUUAAACCCAGAUAAUCCACUGGGUAUGUCAGGCCAAGUAGCUGAAUCCUUCGGUCAAUUGAUUAACAAACUUUGGUACGGCGUCUCAUCCUCGGUUGCACCCCGUGAAUUCAAGUACACCUUGUCUAAGUUUGCACCAUCAUUUGCAGGCUAUGGUCAGCAAGAUACGCAAGAGUUUCUGGCUUUUCUUCUAGAUGGCUUGCAUGAAGAUCUCAACAGAAUUAAGAAAAAGCCAUACACUGAGAUACCUGACUGGGAGGGCGGUAGUGCCGUUGAUGUAGCAAAAUUGGGCAAAGUUUGCUGGGACUUAUAUAAGCAAAGGAACGAUAGUAUUAUUGUUGAUUUGUUCCAAGGUCAAUUCAAAUCUACCGUCAAUUGUCCUGAAUGUGACAGGGUUUCAAUAACUUUUGAUCCAUUCAUGUAUUUGACGUUACCGCUGCCAAUUAAGUCAAAAUGGUAUGGAAGUGUUUACUUUAUUCCAUUUGAUUAUAACAAAAAGAGGUUAAGAAUUGACUUGGAGCUUUCUACAAAUUCAUCUUUCAAAGGUUUGAAGAAUAAGGUGUCGUCACUUACUGGUGUUGAAUCAACCAACUUAUGGGUCGCUGAAGAGUACAAAGGAAAUAUUUUCAAAACAUUCUUAGACGAUGAAUUGGUCAGUGAAAUGCAAACAGGUGAUAUAUGCUUCGUUUAUGAGUUACCAAUACACAUACCACAAGAUAGAAAGGAUAAAGUUAACAGAGUGUUUGAAACUGAUUGGGUGAUAUGUCCUGUAUACUCAUCAGCAUUCCAAGACAACUCUUCGACUUAUUCAAGCGGUGAUGUUUUUGGUAAACCUAUGAUGAUUGCUUUGCCUAUAGUUGAUGCACAGAAUUUCGACAAGAUUUACCAAGCUAUCAUGGAGAGGUAUGCACACUUUGUCGUAGAUAAAGGGACCUUUAAUCAGAUCAAAGACAAUAGAGAUAGUGUUACACUUAGACAUUUAGAAGCCCCAUCCAGCUCUAGCUACCUCUCUAGAUCAUCAGAUGUUAACACUGGAAGAAACUCACAAUAUGAACGUAACAAAAAGUCAGAUCUCAAGGUCAGGGCUGGAAUCGCUGAGAAGUUAUUACAAUCUACAUCUUUAUCAGCACAAGCCGCUCAAAACAUCGAGCACAUUGAGCAUAUUGAAGAUGUGAAGGAAAUUGAUGAGGAGGGUGAUUCCAAGAUGAAAGAAGGUGGUGAUGUACAAUCAACUCCUUCACAGAGCGUCGAAGAAAUGUAUUCGACAGUGGAUAGUGAUCGUCAGAAAAGUAUCUCAUUAAUAAAAUUCGGCGAAGCUAUUGUAGUGGAAUGGAAUCAAGAAGUAGCUGAGAAGGUGUUCGGUAAUGAUCUCAGUUCAGAAAAGUGGGAAGAAUUUGAGAUAAUCCAAGAUCCAGAGAUGGUGCAGUCGAGAGAGACGGUGAAGAACCCAAGCAAGAACAUAACAAUUGAGGAUUGCUUGGACGAAUUCACAAAGGAAGAGAAGCUGGGUGAAGAAGACCUUUGGUAUUGUUCCAAAUGUAAAAAGCAUCAACAGGCAACAAAGAAGUUCGAUCUCUGGAAAGUACCUGAUGUGUUGGUUGUUCACCUCAAAAGAUUCGCAAGUUCGAGAUACAAUCGCGAUAAAUUAGAUCAGCUUGUUGACUUCCCUGUGGAAGAAUUCAAUAUCGAUGACAGGAUUGGGGAGAAGCAAGUGGCUAAAGAGAUUAGAUUGAACGGCGGCAACCCAGCAGACGUUGGAAUUGAGAACAGUGAAGAGGAUGCAGUGUAUGAUCUGUAUGCCAUCGACAAUCAUUACGGUGGGCUCGGUGGUGGACACUACACUUCUUACGCACGCAACCAUGAUUCUAAAGAGUUCUACCAUUUCGACGACUCGUUCGUGUCCAAGGUGGACAAAGACAGUGUGAAAACACGAGCAGCGUACUUGUUGUUUUAUAGGAAGCGCACGAACAGGAGCAUCGGAGGGAAAGCUAGAGUGGAUGCGGAGGAGCAGCUGAAGAGUGAGACAAAUGAGACAAAUGAGACAAAUGAAAUUGCCGAGUCAGCUGAGGCAAAUGUUUCUUACGCCGGCGAGGAAGAAUAA